CUCUCUCAAAAACAUUCAGAGCUCUGAGGAGAGAUCCCCGCAGCUGGGAAGUCCUGUUGGGAGCGGGCUACUGUGGGCGUCAUGGGCGAACUUUGUUUCUGUUUUGGAUGCCUGUGGUGAAUGCUGUCAUGUUGGAGAGCCGCUUCUGAACGCAGGUGUGGCAUCAUCUUCCAAGAGCUGCCUUGUGAAUAGUUUUCUUCUGUAUGUAAAUAUAACCACUCAUCAUGAUCAAGCAGUCUUCCUUCCUUAAGUGGGCCCAAAACAACAAGAAUUCUGUCAAAAGCAAAAGUGAAGGUGAGCUGGGCGGUCGUAGAUGGAUCCAUCCAGCAGAUGCUCUCCAGAAAGGACAUGUUGCGUAUCUGGUCAAGUUUCUCGGCUUCACUGAAGUGGAACAGUCCAAAGGCAUUGAAGUGGUACGAGAAGGAAUACGCAAGCUCAAGUUUAAUCAGCAGCUGAAGAGGUCGGAAGGUGGCAAGGUACCGAAGGUGGAGCUGACGAUUUCAGUCGAUGGUGUUGCUGUGCAAGAUCCCAAGACAAAGAGGAUAUUUCACCAGCACCCGCUGCAUCGUAUCUCCUACUGUGCGGAUGACAAAACUGACAAGAAGUCCUUCAGCUUCAUUGCCAAGGAGUCGGAUGGCGAACGGCACUCGUGCUUUGUGUUCUCCAGCGAAAAGUUGGCUGAAGAAAUCACACUGACCAUAGGGCAGGCAUUUGACUUGGCUUACAGGAAGUUCCUUGAAACUUCAGGCAGAGACCUUGAGAUGAGGAAACAGUUCAUGAUUCUCCAAAAAAGGGUACAAGACCUGGAAGACGAGAACAGUCGACUGCGCAAGUGUCUUCGUGACGGUGAUUACUCGCACGGUGAUGACAUUUCCUCCCCUAUUGAGACGACCAACCACAAGCCAAAGGCUAAGGUGCGAGGGAUCUCGACGAAUGGAACCAGCAGACCCAGCUCAAGUAACGUGGUUCCAGAGCCUCUGCCUCCGCCUGUGCCUCCGCGCACUGCUGACCAUGGCCAGCCUUCACAAGACCUCCUUGGCUUGACGGUGCCAACUGUUGGCACACGUCUUGAAAACUUGUCCAUGGAUGACCUGGAGGAUUUCAAUCCGAGAGGAGAGACUGAACCAGCACAAGCCAAAACGAAUGGGUGUUCAGAGGUAUCCACCAAUGGUACAUCAGACACUCCGUCUAGCGUUGCAGCCGCUAAGGACCUCUUUGGCGCCGAGCCAUUUUCGCCGACGAAAGAGGAAGAUCCCUUCGGCAUGGGUGACUUCUCAAACAACCUUGGAGCUCAGGAGCUGGAGAACGCAAUUGGCAUAAUUGACCGCAGGCUCAAUGAAAUGAAGGAUGGUUUCAGCCGAGGACUCUCCUUUGGAAAGGAUGAUUUUCUUCUUGAACAGUUGGACCCAUUGGGAAGCAAGCCACUUGCCUGAAUUGAUGAGUGUGAAAAUUAAGUCAGCAAUGUUAUAGUGCCCCCUCCCCGGUUUUUUUAUCGGAGCUGUUUUAAGCUGAAUUUUGAGUUCAAGUGGUUUUCUUUUUCCAUGUAAUUUCGUCAUUUCUUGUACUAGUAGAGCACGACAUGGUAAAAGGAAGCCCUGUGUUAGGAGAAUGGACCGCGCAUAUCUGCCCAAGUGUGCUUUUGUUUCGUUGUUUUAGACAUGUUUGUUGUAAGAGGCCCACAUAAUCUCUGCAAGUUCGCACAUGCCGAUGCUUUACAACACAUUUUCAUUCCAUAAUUCCCGAGAACUUGGUUUCAGCAGAACCAAACCAUUUUACUUUUCUCGAAGAAUUGUCAACUGUGUUCGGUGCUUUAUUACUACUUUUGCACUUGUGUUAAAGGUCACUAAGGGGACAGUGUAUGGGUGCACAUGCGGUUUUUGUUACUAUCUCAAAAGGCUAGUCUUGUAAGACAGCCUUUUUAUUUUUUUUCCCAACACCUGCCAAUCUUUAUACAUGAAGGUGUUUUAUUUUUCACUUGUUGUAGAUGUUGUUUGAGUGUGCUGCGAUAGAGGCUUGGAUGUCGAACCAACUCUGAAUAUAGAUAAGUAUUUUAGCUUUGUUGGCCUUGUCCAACACUGGUUCCACUGCGUGAACAGAGCCAGGCAUUAGAGCUGUGAUUCCUUUCCUCUUCCUUUUUUUGCUUUGGCAUUUUGCAUCGCUUUCUUUACUUCCACUUGCACAAGGUAUGCACAGAUAACAUAUCUAGGUAUACAUCUGUUAGGGCUUACCACCACUGUACAUGCGACCACUCUUUCAUCCAUUUUGAAGUGUCUUAACAGAUGUCAUGCCUGAACUGAAUGUAGCUAGGUCUUCUAAUAAAUUCCUACCAGAAUGGAUAAUACAUUUCCGGAAGAGACCUGGGGCGGAGCGUGGGGAGUAACUGCAUAUAUGCCAUUGUCAGGGGGGCUGUAACCUGUUAAUAGCAAUAAUGCUGAUAUGUUGUAUUAAGUCAUGCCCACUCAUCUCACAUCAUUGGGAUCACAAGAGCAUUAUGCGUCUGAACAGCUGAUUUGUGCAUGCUUUGAGCAUGAACUCCUAUAUAUAUAACCAAAUGUUUGGCAGUGGAUAGCUUGAGGAAUAGCAGACACAACUGACUUGCGAGCAUUUAUGUACACAAGCAACUAUGUCAUUGCUUACAUGCAAAACUGACUCGACUUGGGCCUUUCUGUACACAGGGCCAAUAGUGUGUGCUAACUUUAGGUCAGCUGUUUUGAAGUCUCCCUACUCACUGACUACACUUGAGACCUCCACUUGGGUUUCUGCUCUUUCUUAGCUAAAUACUGUGACUAGCAUGUUUAAUUUUGACAGUGCUAAAAUCUGGAGGUGGAGCAGAAGGCUAUUCUUGGGUUCUUUAGUUAUUGAAUCUCCCAGGAGGUGGUACCUUGAAACGCAUCUGAUAUGGUUCGUUUAGCAGAGCUGCUUGGCAACACUCGCAUGAUACAUAACGAAUAGGCAUAAGGUGGCAUACAUCAGCAGAGAUCAUGCGCUGCACUGGCGCAGCCAUAAUAAAGAAUGCUUUUUUGCUGAGGAGAAUUUUUUGCUGAUUUUUUGCCUCUAUUUAGAGGCAAGAAUGCUAUAGUAAUAAGUCUGAAAGUAAUCAAUAUUAAAGCAAGUGCAGUCACAUUUUAAAAAUAUUUGUUUUGACCUCUUGAGCCCGUUGGAACAUGGCAAUUAUAUACUGUGUCAGCUUUGAUCCAUACCGCAUUGUAAUGCAAGUAGUAGCGAAAUGUGAGGUUCUGAAAUUGGUAAGCGUCUUUUUUUCUCAAACAGAUGGUUCAAAGCUGCAUAGUCGGGAUGAACUAGUUUUUGGACAAUGCAAGUUUAAUCCGGUUAAGACCACUAAGGGGUAGUAUUUUACCUCUAAUAAAGUAAGGCAACGUGCGAUCAACCCGCCCGAAAAUACUUCAAACUUCACAUUUCUGUAGUUCAUUUAAUGCAUGAAGGUUACGCUGUUAUUCUGGUUAUACCAGACAGGCAUUGCUGCAAGGUCUGUAUAGGAGCAUAAUAUAGCAAAAUUUUAAACCAUAGGGGCAGGUAAUAUUAAUGCAAGAGACGUAAAUAUGUCAAGUUUGAGCGGUAACAAACCAAAAGUAAACACUAAAAUAAAUAAAAAUAACACUAAAUUAAUAUGCUAGUCACAGUAUUAAACUGUAGAUUAAUGCGAGGAUUGACUGUCAUGACGUGUGCCAAGUUGUAAAGCAUUUUUUAAUAGACGCCAAGUUAGAGGUUUGGAAUCUAUUAAAACUUGUUAUUGGUGUUUCUUAAGGUGAUGUGCGAAUGUUUUCCCUAAAUGGUCGCUGCUCUCUGCAUGCUAUGCAAUUUGAUGGCAACAGCGCAGUGAUGGUUGUAUGAGAGCUGAAAUUUGUCAUUUUUUUAACAUUCUGCCUUUUCUGGAAGUUUGCACCAGUGCUUAACAGUGUGUUUCAGCUGUUUGGUUUGAUUUAACUUCUCUUUGCAGAGACUAAGAGAAGUCUUGCAUUGAAUUGUACUGACAGUUCUUGAAAACAUUUGUCAUAAAGAGCAUAAGCAGACUUAAUGUAAUUUUACACCCAGAACAAAGCACCACAUGAAAAAUUCUGGUUCAAAGAAGUGUAAUGCGACAUUGUUUGUUGACAAUAAAACUGUUUUUUUUUUU